AUGACUAAUUCGGAAGGUGCUACCAGUACACUCCCAAGAACAGUAGAAAUCAAAGACAACCAUGAACCACCGCGAGAAUCAUGGAGUGGAAAAACGGAAUUUGUUUUAUCAUGUGUUGGACAAUGUAUUGGAAUGGGAAAUGUUUGGAGAUUCCCCUAUUUAUGCUAUAGAAAUGGAGGCGGUGCCUUUCUAGUUCCAUACUUUUUAACAGCAGUAUUUGUAGGUGUACCUAUGUAUUUUAUGGAGCUGGCAUUAGGACAGUGGUUGAGUGUCGGCGGUUUAGGGGUAUGGAAAGUCAGUCCUAUCUUCAAAGGUGUGGGGUUUGCAGCAACAAUAGCGGCAUUUUGGUUGAACACAUACUAUAUUGUGGUAUUAUCAUGGACACUCUUUUACCUAUUUAGUUCAUUUACUUCCAUUCUGCCAUGGUCUACAUGUGAUAACGAGUGGAAUACAGGGCGAUGUAUGUCUGAAUAUGAACGAUAUAGAAUACCCUUUAGUUGUUCCAAUGCCACGUAUUCAUUGUCUGUGAAUAUGAGUUCGGCUAAUAACUUAACAACAAAAUAUGUUUCACCUGUCACAGAAUUUUGGGAAAACAAUGUGCUACAGAUCUCUUCUGGUAUUGAUGAUCCUGGUACUUUAAGAUGGCAAUUAUCUUUAACAUUAUUAACUAUCUGGGUUCUCUGUUAUUUCUGUAUAUGGAAGGGUGUACAAUGGACCGGAAAGGUGGUCUAUGUUACAGCUUUAUUUCCUUAUUUUCUAUUAUUCUGUUUGUUGAUAAGAGGGGUUACCCUACCUGGAGCUUUAGAAGGAAUCAGAUUUUAUAUUGUACCAGAUAUGUCUAGACUUCUUGAUUCUAAGGUUUGGGUAGAUGCUACGUCACAAGUUUUAUUCUCCUAUGGCCUGGGUUUGGGGUCUUUGAUUGCUCUUGGAAGUUAUAAUAAAUAUAAUAAUAAUAUUUACAAGGACGCUGUAUUAAUAUCAAUGUUAAACAGUUCAACUAGUAUAUUCGCUGGUUUUGUUAUUUUCUCAGUAGUGGGUUUCAUGGCUCAAGAACAGGGUGUACCCAUCAGUUCAGUAGCAGCAGGAGGAAACCAUCGUCCAGGAUUGGCGUUCUUGGCUUAUCCUUCAGCUGUUAUUCAAUUACCAGUAUCACCGCUUUGGGCUAUUUGCUUCUUUUUGAUGUUGUUGAUGUUGGGGCUUGACAGUCAGUUUGUCACCAUGGAAGGUUUCUUUACUGCUAUAAUAGACGAGUUCCCACAUACAUUGAGGAAACACCGAGAGUUAUUUAUAGCCUUUGUCUGUCUUUUAUCAUAUUUAGUUGGUUUAUCAAUGGUAACACAGGGCGGAAUGUAUCUAUUUCAAAUAUUUGAUAACUAUGCUGCUAGUGGCAUCUGUUUAUUGCUGUUGAUAUUUUUUGAGUGUAUAGCAAUAUCAUGGGGUUAUGGCGUCAAUAGGUUUUAUGAAAACCUUAAAGACAUGUUUGGAUUUUAUCCUUCAAAUUUUUGGAAGAUUUGUUGGGUUGUCACAACACCUGCUAUAUGUUUUGGCGUAGCAGUGUUCAGAAUAAUCAGCUUCACACCCUUUCAAUAUGAUCAAUAUGUUUUCCCUGUGUGGGCUCAUGUAUUUGGUGGUUUAUUAGCCAUAUCUUCCAUUGGUGUUAUACCUUUAUAUAUGAUAGUUAAGUUCCUAUCGGCACAGGGUUCCUUUUCAACGGUAAGAAAAAUAUUUAUUGCCUUCAAUGCAAAUUGCUACAUUUACAGUAUAGUUUCAUCAGAAUUAAAAUGA